AUGGCAGAAGUUGGGCAAGUUAAUUGUUCUUCUCUUUUCGUUGGUUCUUCUUUUGUGAGACUUGAUCCUUUCUUUGCUUCUAGGGAGGUGGAGGACCCCGUGGGAGUUGUCUUGCAAGCAUUGGAACAGAACUAUGCCCGCAAUUGGUCUUCUGUUUAUACUGCCGAGAAGCAUUUGGCGGGUACAAAUUAUGGUUUGGUGGAUUUCACGAGAAAGAAGUUCAAAGAGUACGGCGCCAAGGCUUCUGUGGAUACCUACAAGGUGCUCUUGAGUUACCCAGAAAGCCAUGCAUUGAAGCUUUUGGAUAAGAAUGGGGAUAUUGAGUAUACGGCACCUCUUAAGGAGGACGAGUUUGAGGAGGAUCCUACGUCUGUUGGGAACGAUACUGUGCCUACGUUCUUGGGCUUUGCUGCCAAUGGAAACGUCACUGCGGAAUAUGUGUAUGUCAAUUACGCUUCGAAGAAAGAUUUCGAGUGGUUGAAAGAGAACGGAAUUGAGGUCGAGGGCAAGAUUGCAGUUGCUCGUUAUGGUGGUCUCAAUCGUGGUCUUAAGGUCAAGUUUGCUCAAGACUAUGGUGCUGUGGGUGUCCUUAUUUAUACGGAUCCUGGCGAUGACGGGGAUAUCACUUCUGCAAACGGGUAUAAACAGUACCCUAAGGGUCCAGCUCGGGCGGAAAGCUCUGUGCAAAGAGGAAGCGUCAUGUUCUUGGGAGGAGAAGGUGCCACUCCUGGAGACCCAACCACUCCUGGGUACGCCUCAAAAGGAGACGUUGAACGCCACGAUCCUCACCAUAGUAUUGGCACUAUUCCUGCGUUACCGGUUUCGUACAGAGAUAUCAAGCCUAUCCUAUUAAAGUUGAAUGGUCACGGCGAGAAAACUCCUAAAGAAUGGAAAGGCGGCUUCGAUGGUAUUGAUUAUACCACUGGGCCUAAUUCAAAGGCCAAGUUGAACUUGUAUAACAACCAGACUUACAAGAUCACGCCUAUUUGGAAUGUUUAUGGUGAAUUUGAGGGCGAAUCAAAAGAUGAGGCUAUCUUGAUCGGCAACCAUCGGGAUGCUUGGAUCAAGGGAGGAGCAGGCGACCCCAACUCAGGUUCUACUGUACUUGUUGAAAUUGCCAGAGCUCUCGGUGAACUUCAAGACAAGGGGUAUAAGUUUAAAAGAAGCAUCAUCUUACAUAGCUGGGAUGGCGAAGAGUAUGGGCUUAUUGGCUCUACUGAAUAUGGAGAAUAUGCAGCUAAGAGAUUGCAAAAAGAUGUGGUUGCAUAUAUCAAUACUGAUGUCGCCGUGCAAGGAUCAUAUUUAUCUUUAAGUGCUUCACCAGUAUUGAACAGGGUUUUAAGAAAGGUUGCAAGCUGGGUACCUUACCCCGGAGGAAAGGAAGGCUCACUUCACGACCACUUUAUUAAAGAAAAAGGUGAUAUCAUCAGAAAUUUAGGAUCCGGAUCAGACUACACAGUGUUCCUCGAGCAUUUGGGCAUUCCCUCGGCAGAUAUUUCCUUUCGUCCAGCAAAGAAUGACUCAAUCUACCACUACCAUUCCAACUAUGAUUCCUUCCAUUGGAUGGACAAUUUUGGUGAUAAAGGCUUUGUCUUUCACAACGUGAUGGCAAAGUACCUUAGUCUUUUGGUGUUAGAGUUAUCAAAACAUAAAGUCAUUGAAUUCUCUUUAAAUGACUACGCCAAAGAUUUGCUCUUUUAUUUUGGCUUGGCCGAGGACGCUGUUCCAGAAUCAUGGCUUGACAGAGAUGUUCCAAGUCUGGCGGUUUCGAAGUAUGUUUUGAUUGAUAAAACCAACAAUCAUGUCGUCCAAAAAGCAGCACAGUCAUACUACUAUGAUAACAGCAUUUUUGCCUUCACUGAGCUCUUGCAGCCUUAUCAGUGUAAGCACAUGAGAACGAUGUUAAUGAUGGACGCGCUGCAUCAUAAGAUACUCAAGUUUGGUGACGUCUUGAGACAUACCAGGGAGCAGUUGGAAAAUUUGGAGAAGAAGAGUUUGUUGUUUGAUGCCGAAAGUGCUGCCUUACAGAAGCGCUACGAUGACAGAGCCAACUUACACUGGUGGGAGAAAAUAAGACUCUACUUCGAUAUCAAGCACCAGAACAACCUCAUCCAGUAUUUCGAGAGAAACUUUUUGUAUGAGGAAGGCCUCGACAAGAGGCCUUGGUUCAAGCAUAUUGUGUUUGCCGCAGGAAGGUUUACGGGGUAUGCUGGUCAAACAUGGCCUGGAAUCAGAGAAGCCAUCGAGGACGAGAACCUUGAGAACACAGUCAAGUGGCUUGGUAUAGCUGCGCAAACAGCCAAGAGAGUUUCUUCCGGAUUGGAUAAGGUUCUGGGAAAAUAA